AUGGCUGACGAGCUUCCUCCAGAGAAGACGCAGGAGGAGCUUGAAGAGCGACAUGAAAGAGAAGUUCAAGAGCUGGAAGAACGCAGCACGCAACAUGUGGCGCAGGUCACUGAAUCCGCCGGAAAGGGCAAGAAGGGUAAGCAACUCAUUGAGGCUGCGCAACGAGAGGUUGAGCAAUGGGACUACGACUUACGCGAGAAGCAUCGGGAAGAAUUGGAGCUGCUGAUGGACUCUCUGAAUGGCGGCCCCAAGGACGUUGCGACCGAAGAGAAGCCCGAAGUCAAGGUGACUGAAGAGGAUGAAGCCGAAAAAGCGAGAAGAAAAAAGGAGAAGGCCCAGAAGAAACGUCAGGCGAAGGCUGACAAGGAGGCCCAGCGUGAGGCCGAAAAGGAAAGGGAGAAACUGGAGGCUGGUCCAUCGGCUCGAGACGUGGAGUUGGAAGCGCUGCACGGUGUUCUCUCCGUGCAGAAGCCGCCUCUAAAAGUCUUGGAGAUUCCCUCUGAUGGUCAUUGUUUGUACCGUUCCAUCGCGGACCAAGUGCGAAGGGUUCGGCCAGAUCUUUGUGACUAUCAGGGUCCUGCCGACGAGAUGUACAGGGAGGUGCGUCGCAUCUGCGCCAAAUCCUUGCGUGGCGACAUGGAGAACUACGCGCCCUUCGCGGAGCUCAAGGACGGCGGGGACUUCGAGGGCUACUGCCAGCGUGUGGAGUCCUCUGCUGACUGGGGCGGAGAGCUGGAGCUACGAGCGCUGGCCGAUGCCAUGAAAGUGCGCGUUCAGGUGUUCCAGGCUGGCAGCGAUCAGCCGCUGGUGCUGGGGGCUGCUGUGAAGGCAGCACCCUUGCAGGUGAGCUUCCAUCGUCACUACUAUGCUUUGGGGGAACACUACAAUUCUGUGGUGCCUGCGUGA